UGUGAUAAAGACCAUGCUGCGAAAGAUAUGACUCAAGCGACCAAUAGCCACUUCAGCCCCGGAGAGAUGCAGGACCAGACCUCGUGGGAAAAUCCGUCAGCUGGCGAACUCAUCAGAACCCAGCCUCAGCGCCUGCCGCUGCUGCAGACCUCGGCGCUGGAUCCAGGGGAAGAGGAAGCGGACGAGAUACAGAAGGAAGGCCGAGCCACGCGGAGCACCGCCAAUGGAAUCCACCCCGGGGCCCGACGCGCCUCUGCAGACAAUCACAAACUUUCAGCUCCUGUUUCUCAAAAAAUGCACAGAAAAAUCCAGUCCAGUUUAUCUGUAAAUAAUGAUAUCAGUAAGAAGAGCAAAGUAAAUGCUGUCUUUUCUCAGAAGUCCAGCUCUUCACCUGAAGACUGCUGCGUCCACUGCAUCCUGGCGUGCUUGUUCUGUGAAUUCCUGACCCUCUGCAACAUUGUCCUAGGACAAGCUUCCUGCGGCGUCUGCACGUCAGAGGCCUGCUGCUGCUGCUGUGGGGACGACGUGGGGGAGGGCUGCUCCUGCCCGUGCGACAUGGACUGCGGCAUUAUGGACGCGUGCUGCGAGUCUUCAGACUGCUUGGAGAUCUGCAUGGAGUGCUGUGGGAUCUGCUUUCCUUCAUAGACGUUGGUCUUUCUUGUGCGUUAAAACUGGAGAACAUUUUUGGAAUUUUCUUCAAAGGGAUUGAAAAACACAUAGUAAGAUUCUGUUGGAAGAACUUGGUAUUUGCACUGUCGACUCCUUAUUGUUAAGUAUUCUCUUAAGCCAUUUUUUUUCACCAGUCUACAUGGUUUGUUAUGUGAAAUUUUAACUACUUAAACUGAUUUUUGAAACUUUGUAAUAGAUUAUGAUAACUGAAGUACAACAUACACACUCAUACACUUACACAGAAGAAAACACCAAAAAAUAUUAACUGUAUCCUCUUUUUACUGAUAUUUCUGUUUCUUCUCCUUAGAAGAAACAGAAGUAUUUGAAGUAAUUGCUCCAAAUAUAUUACUUCUCAAGUGGGUAUUAAAACCAAACCACUUAUGUUUUAUAUUUAUCUGCUAGAUGUUGAAAGCAAUAUAUUUAAUUUAAACUUCAGGAAACAACCUUCCUCCCCACCUGGACACCGAGGUGCAUGCGGCACUCUCUUGCUGCCUGACCCCUUGUUUACUAGAUGCCGAAUGCCAGUUUCGGUGUCUUCUAGUCCAGGCCUCAAGGGAUGAAUAUCAGCCCACAGUUGUCCACGGCGUCAUGCCUGUGGUAGAGGAAAGAGACUGUUCAGAAGCAGAGUAUCCCAGAACACAUUGAGAAUUAUAGGAAGAAGGAAGACACAAAGGGCCACAGGAAUAAACAGACAGGAACCACCUCAGUAUUGAGGAAGGCUUCAGGAAACACGAGGGAGCUAAGUAGACCCUCUUAGAACGAGGGCUCCGUCUACCACUUAAAUGAAUUGCUUAGAUCUAGGAGCCAAGUUCUAGAUGGAUGGCCUGAACUGUGCGCGCCCCUACUCAGUGUGUAGAAAAAUUCCUACAGCUUCCCCCUGUUUUAGGUGGAGGGAUACGAAUUUUUUUUAAAUGAUAUUUAAAUAAGCCAAAGCAUACCCUUCUAUGUGUAUGAUUAAAAUGUUACAGUAGAUCCACUAACUACCCUGUGAAAUAGGCUAGAGUUUAUAGAAAUACAGAUUAUUUUUAACAAAUUUCAUUUAUUAGGAGAUAUAUUAAUAUUACAUCUCGCUAUCCUGAUUUUGAUUUUUUUCAAAGGAUUUCUUUUGAGAGCUUCAAGUCUGCUGGAAUCAUGCUGUCUGCUUGUUUUGGUUUGUUUCUUAACUAUGGUUAUACUUCAUAAAUACAGUUAAUCUUGGAUAUAAACUAUUCCUUUUUGGGGGGGUCAGGCUCAGCCCACCCUAGGUGUGGGGCUGGCAUGGCAUGUGGCGCCGGGGAUCGAUCCAUGGUCCCUGCGCUGGCCUAAGCGAGCACUUUAGACCGCUGAGCUAUCUCACGGGUCCCAAGAUGUAAACCAUUCUUUCCAGUACGGGGGCAACCCUGACAUUUACCAGUGUGAUCAAAUUAAGUAUUGCAAUUGUAAGAUACAUUAAGCCCGUCUGGAAGGUAAUGCAGGAGGGUGGCCAUUGCAAAAUUAAUCAGAUAGCCACAGAGUCCUAAGUGUGGGAAGCUUAGAAGAAAAGGAGAUGUAUUUCUGUUGUAUGUGUCCUCCUGCGAAUUUGGUCUCUCCAGAAUUAUAGCUUGGUUUUGUUCACGGUAAUUCCUUAGACAAAUUUUGAAACUAGGAUUAAUAGUUAUUGUUAGUAUUUCUGGCUGAUUACCCAAAUGAUAAUAAAGUCCUAUUUUUAGGAAACCUAAAUUUAUAAACGAUUUUUAAAACCUGAAUUGUGUGAAGCCUGUGGUUUUUCUUUUGAGAUGGGUCCUAGUUUUCAGUUACGUUAUUAUGUAAGGCCUUAAGAAGAGAAAAAAAAAUGUUAACUAACUCAUAGUUCUUUUUCGGUGGUAUUCACGUAGACAUACAUACAUAACCUUUAAAUUACUGGAUUUAAAUACAGUUCCGUACACAGCUAUUUUUCUUUUCUUCUAAAGCGUGUCUUUGAUUUGUUACAUAAAAUGAUGAGGAUAUAAUUAGCUACAUAUACCCAAAAUUAAAUUAUAUUCAUGUAUUAGUAUAGAAGAAUAGUCUCUACUCAUAGGCUCAUAGAACUUGCUCGUGACCUGGAGUUGUUAGAAAUUUGACUUGUUAAUCUGCAGAAAUUUUCAGCUAAGUGGUUUGUCCGAUACUUAAAUAUAUCCUUUUACUAUUUGCAGUGAAAUUACUAACACAUUUCAAAUAAUGCUUCUCUGUAACAGACAACAUUAAUGAAUACCAGAAUUUAUUUUCAUAAUUAUACAUCUAAUACUUUUCUUGAUUUGAUUACUUCAAGCAGUUGUGCCAUAAAGAAUCUUGUGUAAUUAAAAAGUUUUAAAAAGCAUAAAAGUAGACAAAUGUGAAAAUAGUUUCAAUAUAUUGUAGAAUUUCUGUAUGUUAAACGUCUUACUGAAUUAUGUGACCGUCAUAGCUAAGUGCUAUAAUUUUGCAGUUAUGUACUGCAUUUCCUUUUAAAAGUGGAAACUUGAUGUUAAAUAUUUUUAAACUGGACCUGUAUUAUCGUGAAUAUAUUUUAAAACUUUAAAAAUGACUUCUUUGUUGUGCUUUGUCAUGUUUUUAUAUCUAAUUGAUACAGUAAUAGACUUAUGUUUGGCUUCACUUAACUGUUAUUUGCAAUCUCAGAUUUUUCUUUACUUCUUAUUCCUGUUAUAUCCCUUUCUGGAGACUACCUUCUAUAUGUAAUGUUCAUAACUGAUCUGUAGAGAAAUAGAAUGUGUUACAAGUGAAAGCAGAGUUGAUACAUGAUAUCAAAGCGCAACACUCUUUCAAAAACUCACAUCUGUCAGACUUUAAAUUUCAUACCUUUUUCGUAUAUUUUGUUUGCUUCCUCUAAGAAAGUUUUCUGCUUAAAUAGAUGACAGUUGAUUUAAAGGAGAAGGGUUGGGCUAAGAGAGAAGGCCGACAGCUACUCGGGAGAAAUAUUCAAAGGAGAAUUCUGUCAGAAAUUUAAUUUAUAAUUCUGAUUUCAUGUACUUAUUUGGAGAUUAUAUCUUAACUUAUAAAAUUAAGCAAAUUUUCUAUAUGCUGAGCUUAAACAGCAAAAAAUGCUCGGAUGUAUGAAAUUAGAUAUUCAAUCUAUCGAAUAUUACUCUCUCUCAAAAGUAAAUCACCAGAUGUGAUUCCAUCUAGGGAUUUUUACUGGUACAUUUUUUUAAAAAUGUUUUUCAGCUAUGUACACAAGAAAGUAGAACUCUUUCAGAAAAGGGGAAGUUGCCAUUUUAUUUUGUGUCCUUCCAACAUGAUCAUCUGUAUACAUUUUCUUCACCUGAACACAGUGUCAUUUGUGCAGUUUAAGGAGUAACCGAGGCAACCUGGUGUACAGCCUUUGCAUUGUUCACUUUUAUAAACUCUCCCGACACCCUAGACUCUCCUGGUAUUGAUGUCAGACGUCACUGAUGAGG